AGCCAAUAAAAAAAUAAAAACCGUGCCUCUAAAUUAUUGUACUUAAUUUUUAUGUACAAAAUUACCAGAGCUAAGUGUAAGUGUGUGUGUGUAUCUUAGAGUGUGUGUGUGUGUGAGAGCUUAUACGUGUAUGCAGUGUUCUAGUGCGUGUGUGUGCCUCUUUAUCAAUUGCUCCACAUAACAAAAAAAAAAAAAAAUAGAAAAAAAAUUUCAUUUCAUUGAAGUGUUUGACAGCAAAGUCAGUCAACAACGGGGCACUACGCUAAAAACUACAAGGAGAAGCAGAGACAGACUGAGAGUGCGAUAGAGUGAGGAGGAGGCGCAGCUUAAAACGCAGCCACAACACCAACAAAAGCAACACUAGCUAAGUGAGUGUGUCUGAGUGUGUGAGAGAGAGAGAUAUAGAUACAGAGGGAGAAGGCAAAUCGAAUCGGUGCGUUGAGGUGUUUGACAAUAUGUUGAGCCCCCAUAAUGAAGGAAAUUGAUACGGAGACAACAGUAGUAUGGCCAGCCUGGUGUUAUUCCGGUAACACGCCCACCGACAUCUUGCAACAGAAGCCAGCCAAGGCAACAACAGCCAACACAUCGACGCCCUCGCAUCCCAAUCACGAAAAUCAAUUUAGUUGCCUGCCCACCGCCGAGGCGGCCACCAAACGCAGGCGUCUGGAACGCUUGGCCAGUGAUCUGAAUUCGCUCAGCUCCAGCUGCAACAAUUCCUUUGAUCAGGAUUAUACUCCGAAAAUGCUCAGUGAGCGUUCCCUGCUAUUAAGCGGCUAUGGAGCUGCCAUCGAGAGUACAGCCAAAAAGUUGAGUGAGGCGGCCACUGGCGGUGGCGGUGGCGUUGGUGCCUCUGCCGGCGGUUCGUCGGCGGCAAAUCAACCCAAUACGGCAUCAGGUGCAGCCACAUCUUCAUCCUCUUCCUCCUCAUCAUCAUCGUCGUCGUCGGCGGCGGUGGCGGCAGCAACAGCAAAUAAUGCCACAGCGGCAGCAGCUGCAGCCUAUGCUGCUCUCUACUUUGGCAAGGUCAAGAAUGAGAAAUUGUCACCGUUGCAUGUGGAUUCGCUAAAGGAUGCCAUCAUGGAUGCAACGACGCCUAUGGUCUCCCUACACAUGAAUAGUAUCAACAACAACAACAACAAUAGCUCCAUGAGCAACAACAACAGCAAUUGCAACAUCAGUACAAGUCCACAACAUUUAAACAUAAAUGUCAAACGGGAACGCCUCAGUCCCGCAACUAACAGCAGCAACAAUGGUGAUUCAUCAGCCGUUCCAUUUGCCAGAUCUCAGAGCGCCACUCCCUCAAACUCAUCAUCGUAUCGCGGAGGAGGAGGAGGAGGUAGUGGUGGUACUGGUGGCCUUUCCCCCCAGCAACAGCAACAACAGCAACAACAAAGAUUAAGUCCGCCCAGUUCUCAGACAACGCACAUGCCAAUGCACAAUUUGUCAUCAAAUUUGCUUAAUAGCAUUCAACAGGCUCAGGCCCAGCAGCAACAACAGCAACAGCAACAUAGAAGCAAUAGUAAUAGUAGUACAGUUAACACGGGAAAUGUUAGUGGUUCAUCGAAUGCGACAAAUACUGCAACUGGAACCAGUUCAGCUAAUCCCACAGACUUUUCCACGCGCAAUUAUUCAGAUAUAAUGCGUUGCCUGGCGGCCAAGUACAAUAAUACAAAUCCCAAUGACAAUAAUACAACACGUCGCAAUUCCUAUUACGACAGCAGCAGCAGCAACAGCGGCGGCGGCGGCGGCAACACUGGAAUCGGCGGUGGUGCUGCAUCCUUAGGUGGCAAUUCCUCCGAGCGUCUUACCAAAUCGAGCAAUGUAAACUCAUCAGUGAAUAACUCCAGUAACACGAAUAGCAGCAGCACCAGCAACAACAACAACAGCACCACAAAGAAGCUCUCACCCUCAGCCACAGCCACAGUCGCAGGCACUUCAUCAUCUGUCAGUCUGACCAAGGAGGCCAAAGUGGCAGCGGCAGCAGCGGCGGCGGCGGCGGCGGCGGCGGCGGCGGUCGGAGCUGGUGUGAUAGCCAAUAGUAUGCCACCCGCUGCCGCACAUUCGCCCACAGAGCAGGCUAAAAAUCAAAUGGCUGCCGUAGUGGCCGCUGCUAGUGUUUCACCAUUUAUGAGUAACUUUUUGCCCUUCUCGACGGGUAUAUUUCCGCCAUUGAUGGACAUGAGCAGUACCCAAGCAUUGAUCACUCUGGCGCGUGCCGCCAAAGAUGUCCAAAUUCAACAGUUUUUGCGCGGUAAACAGCAGCAGCAACAACAACGUUCCAGUUCCAAUGCCUCCUCACCCAGUGCCAGUGCGGCAGGCACGCCACGUCCCAGUAUAAAUGCUGCACUUCAGCAGGCGGCUCAAUUUGUUACACCCGCUUUAAUCUACUCGGCGCAACUGCAACAGCAACAGUCUCAUCACGCCUCGCGCCAGUCUAGUCCACGUUCCAAUGCGGAGGCUGCAGCGGCGGCGCCUAUUGGCAGUGGUGGUGGUGGUGGUGGUGCUGGUGGCUCAUCGGUUGCGUCGGCGGCGCCGUUAGAUUUGAGCUCCCAACCGCCAGCCGCCAAACGUUUUAAGGCUGAACACACCGAUCCCCAAAGCCUGCAGCUGGCAACGCGUCGUGCUAGCUCAACAGCAACGACGACGACAACAACAACAGCAUCUUCCACACCAUCCCCGCCACUUUCGGAACAGGCCACCACCAACAAUAACAACAACAACAACAACGAUGAGGCCAACGUCAACGCCAACGCAACAUCCACAGGAGCUGCUGCAGCAGCAGCAACAACAUUGCGUCAAUGCCAGGCCCAAAGCGAAGAGGUUAAUUCUUGGUCUGUGGACGAUGUCUGCACCUUUGUGGGUGGAAUUGAUAUAUGCGCCGAAUACGUUCAGUCAUUUCGUGAUCAGUCUAUCGAUGGCACUGGCCUGCCGCUCUUAACCGAAGAUCAUUUGGUUAACUCGCUGGGCAUGAAACUGGGGCCGGCAUUGAAACUACGCUCCAUAUUGGCGAAGAAAUUGGGCGGUCCGUGUCCGUGUGUUGCGUGUGUUGCCCAGGCCCAACAAAUGUUGGCACUGCAGACGGGUGGUGCGGCACCAGCAACAGCAACAGCAACAACAACGACAACGGCAACAACCACAUCUCCGACUACAACUAGUUGUAGUUUGAAAAAGGAGAUUUGUAAUGGCAGCGAUAAUAACAGCAAUAGCAGCAGCAGCAGCAGCAACAACAGCGAUGCGCCAACAACAGCAGCAGCAGCAACAAGUUCACCCAGCAACAUGUUACUCUUGCCAGUGUUGCCGUGUAGCAUUAGUGAUGCCAGCAGUUGAAUUGGCAUCCUUAUGAAUAUUUAAUAGCAGCAACAUGCAUACACACAACGAUAUCUGUAGCAACAUGUUGCUAUUUGCCAGUGUUGCCUUGCAGCGGCAUAAAACUGACAUCCUUAUGAAUAUUUAAUGCUAACUAAUUGCAUUUCAAUUUUGCAAAAUUGUUAAACCAAAUGAGCUUUCAACAAAAUAAAAAAAAAAAAAGAAAGAAAAUUAAAACAAAACACAUAACUCUAUGUAUAAAAUAUAAAAGUAAUUUAAUUGCUAGCUAAAAUAGACUAAAGUUGUACACUUUAAGAGAGACAACAACUAAAAAUAACAACAACGACAACAAGAAUCGCAAAGUCUUCCAAUUUGCACAAAACACAAACAAACAAAAAAAAAAACAGAUUAAA